AUGGGGCUCAAAUGGAGGAAUCAGAUCGCGGGUCUCUUUUGGAAAGGUAAAACAGCCACAACUGGGAUGUGCAAAAAGGUGGGGAAAAUGAAUAAGAAAUCUCGGGUCUUGCAAAUUGCACUAUCUGAUCUCGAACGACAAGCUCUUGUCCGUAAGCGCUCACGGCGGCUGAUCUCGGCCCCUCGGUGUCCAAACGACGGCCGAGACCGCGGAGGCCUUUCCCCCGCGAUCUGCAAACCAAUUGCUUCCUCUGUUCCGUCCACACCACACGCUCCGCUGAGUACCCACACCAUGGCCAUCAAACUACAAACAGGACUCGGUGAACGCUUAAUCUCAAGUGAUGUCGAGGCAAAAGCGUUCGCCGAGUUGCCCAUCAUCGAUAUGACGAGGUUGACCUCGUCCAAGCUUGAAGAUAGACAGGCCUUGGCGCUCGAGGUACGUCUGCGGGAUUCGCGGCCGGGUGGAAACACAUGCGAGGAAGUCGCUGACGAUAAAGGAGCUUUGUGCAGGUCCAAAAAGUACGCUCCACCUCCUAAAAGUCCCUAAUUGAGGACUUGAUUUCGCCGCCUCGCGAUCCCGGUGCCCAUCUUAAAGUGGCCGCGGCCGAAGUCCAUAGUGCCGCCGUGCUGAGCCGAGUAUCGCAUACUCAUUGCUUAAACAUCUACCAUAGGCCGCUAUCGAAUCGGGAUUUUUCUACAUCUCGAACCACGGCAUUCCACAAUCCAUUCUCGAUGAAGCCUUCGCGUGAGUCUCCCCAAUCACGUAUCGCACCCUCGCUUGGCGCGUUUGGAGCGGCAAAAGCGCGCCUUCGGCUUUCCUAUCGGAUCGCACAGCACUGACGGCCACGGCGCGUCGAUCUUCUGAUCACAGUCAGGGCAAGCAAUUCUUCGCUCAACCGACAGAAAAGAAGAUGGAGGUCGAUUUGCACAAGGGGACGUCUUUCAAAGGCUAUGCACGUGAGUCGCGUCGACAUACAUUCUUUCUCGGCCAGCGAUCAGUAUCUGAGAAGCACUCGAUCUUCGGCAUAACCCCUGAGCAGCUUUGAUGGGAGAAGCUGUCGACCCUGCCUCUCGAGGGGACGUACACGAAUCGUUUGAUAUGGGAUCCGAUUCGCAAACAUUUCAUCAAGGAACCGAAAAGAAAGAAGGUGUCAUCUCAGGCAACCUGUGGCCCUCUGAGAAAGAUCUUCCCGGGUUCAAGCCGGCGCUUGAAGCGACAUGGGACCAGAUAAUGGCAUUGGGCAAGAAACUCUUCCCGUUAUUUGCAUUGGCCCUGAAUCUGUCAGUUCAGGCUGCUCGUUUCUCGGCGAAUUUAUGCUCUGGUGCUAUGAUAGCUGAUUCCGCAACCAUCCACAGGGAGGAGAACUAUUUCGACGACAAAUUGACCAAUCCGGGCUCCGUGAUGAGGAUUCUGCAUUACCCGCCGCAGACCGGUCCCAUCGACAUGACUGCGAUUGGAAUUGGUAGCCAUAGUGGUGCGUUUGGGAACUGGGCGGAAGCAGCCGGAGAAAUGUGCUUAAAAAUCCAAGGCGAAGGGCACGGCGCCGUCGCGAUGAUGUUUCGAGAGAUGCAUCACAACGCCUUGAAAAUUCUCUUCACAACUAACACCCCGCUUGUGUCAAUUCUUCAGACUACGAGAUGUUCACUCUACUCGUCCAGCACGGAGAUGUAUCGGCCUUGCAAGUUCUCAAUAGCGCCGGUGACUGGGUCCAAGCGCCUCCCAUCCCUGGCACGAUUGUAGUCAACAUCGCGGACCAACUCCAGCGAUGGACAAACGGUGUUUUCAAGUCGACCAUCCAUCGUGCCAUCAACCGAACAGGGAAGGACAGGGUAAGUCUUCGUCGACAAGGCCACUCACUCGCAUGGCGGUCUGAUUGAACUCCUUUUUCGCGUACCCAGAUGAGCCUGCCCUUUUUCUUUGGAGUCGACUACGACGUUUUGAUCGAAGUGUUGCCUUCUUGCAUCACGGAGGACCGUCCAGCAAAGUAUGAGCCCGUCAAGGCCGGGGAGUGGGUCGAACAACGUCUCAAGGAGACCUACAUCAAAGUCGACCCAGUCACGGGCAUCAAAGCUUAA